AUGUUGAUCAAGGAGUCUCACGUCGAUGUCCCUACCUCUGCCAAUGGCAAGGAGGGUACUAUGCGUAUGUCCAGCUCAACUCUCAUCAUACGCUUCCCUGGUGUGAGUCUUUUCAGCGAGAUCUACCAAGUCACUGGCCCUGUUGCCCGCUUCGCUCGUCAGAUCGCUGGUCAAGGCUACAUUGUCGCUGCACCUUCAUCUUACCAUGACUUCACCGGCCCUGAGCCCCUCAAGUACGAUGCCGAGGACACUGAUCGUGGCAACAAGUUCAAGGUCGAAAAGACCCUCGAGUCCUAUGAUGCCGACUCAUAUGCCACCGUCGAUUACCUCCUCUCACUUCCCACCUGUACAGGCCGCAUUGGAGCUACAGGCAUGUGUCUGGGUGGCCAUCUGGCCGUUCGCGCUGCUCUUGACCCUCGCAUCUCUGCGUGCGUGGCCUACUUCGCAACGGAUAUUCACUCCCGCACACUCGGUCCCUAUGAUGCGCCCAACACUUCAUCGACCGCUCCUCCCGACAGCAACCACACCAUCGAUCUCUUCAACAAGUUCAAGGGAGAGGUUGCCAUGAUCUUCGGUGUAAAGGACACUCAUGUCCCUGAUGCUGGUCGCGAUCUAAUCCGUGCCAAGCUUCGCGAGGCUGGUGUCCCUACUAGCUUCUAUGAGUUUGCGUGGGCUCAGCACGCCUUCAUCCGUGACGAGCUAAGCAAGGGACGUUAUGAUCCUGCCAUCACCAAAGUCUGCUUCGAGGUUCUGCUGGAACUCUUCGGUCGUGUUCUCAAGACUGAGUUGGGGGCAAAGGACGGCGAUGUCCCACCUCCAGAGCACGUUUGCUAA